CAUUGCCCGGGAGCACCCGCACACGCGCGCGCACCGCCAGCCGCGCUCACACUCACACGCGCACACACUCACACACGCACGCAAACGCGCGGCCGCCGCCAGGUCCGCAACUUUGUGGGGCGCUUCGGGCGGCGCCUCCUGGAGUAGUUGGGCGCAGGCCCCGCCUCCCGGCCGUGUUGUCAAACGGGCCGGGGUCUCGGAUUGGUCCAGCCGCCGGGACAACACCUGCUCGACUCCUUCAUUCAAGUGACACCAGAGCUUCCAGGGAUAUUUGAGGCACCAUCCCUGCCACUGUCGGGCACUCGCGGCGCUGGUAACGGCCUGGUCACAUGCUCUCCGGAAAGCUACGGGAGGGCGCUGGGUAACCUCUAUCCGAGCCGCGGCCGCGAGGAGGAGGGAAAAGGCGAACAAGGAGGAAGAGUGGGAGGAGGAGGGGAAGCGGCGGAGGAGGAAGAGGAGGAGGAGGAGGAGGAGGGAGCACAAAGGAUCCGGGUCUCCCGGCGGGAGACUGACGCCGAGAAUCAUGUGUGCUGAGCGGCUGGGCCAGUUCAUGACCCUGGCUUUGGUGUUGGCCACCUUCGACCCGGCGCGGGGCACCGACGCCACCAACCCACCCGAGGGUCCCCAAGACAGGGGCUCCCAGCAGAAAGGCCGCCUGUCCCUGCAGAACACAGCGGAGAUUCAGCACUGCUUGGUCAACGCUGGCGAUGUGGGGUGUGGCGUGUUUGAAUGUUUCGAGAACAACUCUUGUGAGAUUCGGGGCUUACAUGGGAUUUGCAUGACUUUUCUACACAACGCUGGAAAAUUUGAUGCCCAGGGCAAAUCAUUCAUCAAGGAUGCCUUGAGGUGCAAGGCCCAUGCCCUGAGGCACAGGUUCGGCUGCAUAAGCCGGAAGUGCCCGGCCAUCCGGGACAUGGUGUUCCAGCUGCAGCGGGAAUGCUACCUCAAGCACGACCUGUGCGCCGCUGCCCAGGAGAACACCCGGGUCAUCGUGGAGAUGAUCCACUUCAAGGACCUACUGCUGCAUGACCAACCCUACGUGGACCUCGUGAACCUGCUGCUGACCUGUGGGGAGGAGGUGAAGGAGGCCAUCACCCACAGCGUUCAGGCUCAGUGCGAACAGAACUGGGGAAGCCUCUGCUCCAUCCUGAGCUUCUGCACCUCAGCCAUCCAGAGGCCUCCCACGGUACCCCCCGAGCGCCAGCCCCGGGUGGACAGAGCCAGGCUCUCCAGGGCCCACCAUGGGGAAGCGGGCCUUCACCUCUCAGAGCCCAGCAGCAGGGAGGCCGUCCGAGGCGCCAGGGGAGAGCGAGGCAGCAAGAGCCACCCAAAUGCCCAUGCCCGGGGCAGAGCCUGGGGCCUUGGGGCCCAGGGACCUUCUGGAAGCAGUGAGUGGGAGGAUGAACAGGCUGAGUAUUCUGAUAUCCGCAGGUGAAACGAAGGGCCCAGCUACGAAAUCUUUCCUCCAUGCCGUCCAUUUUCUUAUCUAUGGACAUUCCAAAACAUUUACCAUUAAAGAGGGGGGAUGUCACAGGCAGGAUUUUGUGGGGACUGUGGACUUGGUGAAGGUGCACGUUGGUAGGAUUGACAGAUGAGACGGAGACUCCUAGGGCGGCAAGGUCCCGCGGCACCCGGUGACUUCUGCACUCACGCGUGCCCAGGGAGCGCCCAUAGCUUCCUUGUACCUUCGUCUUCUUUCCAUCCGUGGAGCCAGUAGGUGUCGGCUGCUCUGUCAGCGGGAGGUGAGCCCAGGAUGAUGGGGCAAGGGCCCACCUGGGCUGGACCACUCAGGCUGUGCUGGGCCCCGCCCGCAGCUUCUGGUGCAGCAGCGUCUAGUGCUGCGGGGCGGCUGGAUUCCAGGACAGGAGUGAAUGUAAAAAUAAAUAAUCGCCAGGAAUGCAGGAGAAGGACGGAGAGGAGACAGGCCGAGGGGGUGCUUGGUGGCAAACCGAAAUGCAGUUUCUCACAUGGGACCUUGCAGUUCAGAGCUGCUUGCGGGGUGGGGGUAGGAGUGUCCUUGCUACGUGUAAUUUCUGAGCCAUUGUUCAGUCUGGGGGCGGGGCCCUGUCCAAGGGAGUGGCCCCUGUGAGUUUAUAUUUUAACCACUGCUUCAAAUCUCAAUUUUACUUUUUUAUUUAUCCAGUUACAUCUACCUAUCUGUCAUCUAAAUAAAUGGCUUUCAAACAAA